GCGUGGUAUUUCACCCUCUUCUAGUUCUGUCCUUCCCUUGAGAGACUCGUUUCUGUUUGGCACGGCCCUGACAGAAACAACCUCAGCAACUCUGACCCUGAGCUUUCCUGCGAUCCUUCUUGUCCUGUCUCCUGCCUGGGAACCAUACAUCCUGAAUGCUGCGUUGGAACAGUUUGAGUGCAUUGCUGCCCUAAUGGGGAACUCUACUGACUAAUCCAGAGACCUGGUCCCAACCACAGCUGCCAUCUUGAGAUCUCCACCAUCAGCCGCGCGCCUGGGGACUCCGCCCAGCAAGCGCCUCCCAGCGCCCUCCUGGAGGGCUCAUGUUUGCAGGAAUUCUCUUGGAACAACAACAGAAAUCAUCCCAUGCCCUUGUGCAACUCCUCUGGGAGGCUUCGACAGAUAAAUAAAGCUCUUGGCCCCUCCAUUGAUCUACCUUUCCCGGCAGAGCACCUGAGUUACUUCUGAAGCCUCCAGCAUCUGCCCACCUUCCAGGGUCUCUCUGGAGCAGCCAUGAAGUUCCUCGUUCUGGUCCUCUGCCUAGCUCAGCUCUGGGGCUGCCACGCUGUCCCGCCUGGCCUAGGUGCUAUGGUUUAUAGAGAACUGAAUUGUGAUGACCCAGAAACAGAGCAGGCAGCCCUGGUGGCCGUGGACUACAUCAAUAAGUACCAUGAUCGGGGCUACAAACACACCUUGAACCAGAUUGACAAAGUGAAGGUGUGGCCUCGGCGGCCAGUGGGAGAAGUGUUUGAGAUUGAAAUAGACACGCUGGAAACCACCUGCCAUGUACUGGACCCCACCCCUGUGGCCAAUUGCUCUGUGAGGCAGCUGACACAGCAUGCUGUGGAAGGAGACUGUGAUUUCCACGUGUUGAAACAGGAUGGACAGUUUUCCGUGUUGUUUGCAAAAUGUGAUUCCAGCCCAGACUCCGCGGAGGACGUGCGAAAGGUGUGCCCAGACUGCCCCCUGCUGGCUCCGCUUAACGACACCAAAGUGGUGCACGCUGUAGAUGCUGCACUGGCAACUUUCAAUGCUCGUAAUAACGGCUCGUACUUCAGGCUUGUGGAAAUUUCCCGGGCUCAGCUUGUGCCUCUUCCAGCAUCAACCUAUGUGGAGUUCGCAGUGGCUGCCACUGACUGUGUUGCUAAAGAGGUCACAGACCCAGCCAAGUGUAACUUGCUGGCAGAAAAGCAAUAUGGCUUCUGUAAGGCGAUAGUCACUGAGAAGGUUGAUGGGGAAGCUGUUGAAGUGACCUGUACAGUGUUCCAAACACAGCCUGUGUUACCACAGCCUCAGCCAGACACCAAUUCACCCACCCCGGGGGACGCCUUAGCUGCGCCUCCACCUCCUCCCGCUGACCAGCCAGCCGCUGGCGUGGCGGUGGGACCCCUGGCGGGGGUAGCUCCUCCGCCAGCCGCGCUGGUGAACCGCGCGCACUACGACCUGCGCCACACCUUCGGGAAUGUGGCCUCAGUGGAGUCGGCCUCAGGAGAGGCGGUCCAAGUGGGGAAAGCACCCACAGCGGUGCAGCCUGACGCGGCUGCUGCUAUCAAGCCACUCGUCCGCCCUUGCCCCGGGAGGAUUAGACACUUCAAGAUCUAGAUGAAGGUCAAAGAUGAGGAGGAUUGGCAGAAAGAACAUAGCCACCAUUUUGUCCAAGCCUGAGUAGGGUAGAGGAAGGGACCUUGUUUGCUAUCAAAGCAAGUGGUACAUGUGGUCUAGAUUAAUAUCAAGCCUUGAACCCCAACUUCUCUUCAUUCUUCAGAAAACAGAAGCAGAGGGGGUUACGGUUAUGUUUGAUAAAAGGUGUAAAGUUGGCCACUUAUUGAUUGCCAUUAUUUUGAUGAUAAGCCACCACCACUGUGUUCUCUGCCUUCUUUGACCCCACAAAAACAAUGAGAACUGUAACUUUGACAGGUGCUGUUGCCAAGCUUAUAUCUGCUUGUUAAUAAAAGUGUCCGAAGGACCUUCCUUAAUAAAGAAGGUUCGAAGCUGAAA